AACCACAGACACCCUGCCAUUACAUUUUAUUACAAAAAUACUUGCAAUUUAAUUUAAUUUCCAACGAAAUGUCUUCCAUCGCGGCAAAGGAUGAGGUAUUCGUCCCGGAAAAAGACUUUCCCGAAGUUCACAAGAUGAUGAAACAAUUCAUUCCCUCGGAAGAUGACCUCGAAAAGAUCAUGCAGUUGAUGGAUCGCGAGAUCAGUAUGGGUCUAAGCCGCGAGGGCCACGACCGCUCCACGGUACCCUGUAAGCUGAGCUACGUGACGGACCUCCCCAAUGGGAGGGAACGUGGCCAGUUCCUGGCCCUCGAGAUGAUGCCGACAAACUGCCGGAUCAUGCUGGUCAAGUUCAGCAGCGAACGCGAUGUGUACACCAGUUCCAAGUGUGUGAUCAUGCCGCACACUGUGGCGGCGGGGAAGGGUACCGAGGUAUUCAACUUCCUGGCCACCAAUAUAGCCACUUUCGUGAAGGAAAAGAAAGUGGAAAAGGAAAAUCUUCCCAUGGGCAUUGCCUUUGCAUUUACACUGAACAAAACCGGCUUGGAUGCGGGCACCCUGGUGUCCUGGACCAAGGAGUUUGGGGCCACCGGUGCCAUUGGCAAGGAUGUGGUCCAAUUGCUUCGGGACGCACUGGCCAAGUUUCCAGAAAUAUCCGUCGAGAUAAUGGGCAUUAUCAAUGUCGCUGCUGGCUCUCUUCUAGCCCUGUGCUGGGCCCAGCCAAAUACAAGAAUGGGUCUCAUCAUGGGAAGUAUUGCCAACUCUUGCUAUGUUGAGAGAGUGGAGAAGUGCGACCUGUACCAGGGCGAUCCUAGCAAGAAAGUAAUGAUUAUAAAUUCGGAUUGGGCGCAUUUUGGAGACGGAGGCCAACUAGAUUUUAUCCGCAAUGAAUUCGAUCGCCAACUGGACGCCGAGUCCAUUACUCCGGGUCAAAGGAUCUACGAAAAGUUCAGCGGUGCCUUGUUUAUGGCGGAGCUUGUCAGGAUUGUGGUCCUCCGGCUGAUGAAAAUGGGCAUUAUUUUUGCCGAAGAUCGUCGUGACUAUAUUGGCAUUCAGUGGAAAAUGGACAUGGUCUCGGUGAUCGAGAUCGAGUCGGACCCGCCAGGGGUGUACACCAAAGCGCAGGAAGUGAUGGACAAGUUCAAGAUCCGCCACUGCAAGGAGAAGGAUCUGGCUGCCCUGAAGUACAUCUGCACGACCAUCACCAAUCGCGCCGCCAUGGUGGUAUCUAGCGGAGUGGCCGCCCUAAUAAAUCGAAUGAAGAUGCCCCAGAUUUCCAUAGCCGUCGAUGGAGGCAUCUAUCGCCUGCAUCCAAGCUAUGCGGCAGUCCUGAACAAGUACACAAAUAAGCUCGUAAAUCCACAACACGCCUUCGAAUUUGUAAUCACCCAGGAUAGCUGCGGAGUGGGUGCUGCCAUCAUGGCGGGCAUGGCCCACGCCAUGAAGUACAAGUCGGAUUCCAAGCUCUUUGAAAUGGAUUACUAGGAUUACUAUUAAAAAUAGUUCAUUUUC